CCGGCCCCGGCCACCAGACCAGCAGCAGCAGAACGAGUGCUUUCGAGGCUUCAGGCCACCCACCCCCGCUCGCCGAGACCUAUAUCAUCGGUGCUGCGGCCUUUGCCGCCGAGCUUUUUCAUCCGCGGACCCGUUUCUGUCCUGCGUCGCAAGCGUAUCUCCCGGACUUCGCCAUCUCCCCGCCUUGUGGGUGGAAUCCGCACAGUCUUCUCACCAGGACCGAUCGAGCACGGCAUCACUCCCACAGCUCCUUCCGGAUCCACUACUCGAUCCUAUCCAGAGAUCGAUAUCCAAGCCUCCAGUGCUUUGCCUCUCCCCCCCCUGUUCUUUUCCUCUCCCUGAACCAGAUACCUCUUCGUCUGCAUCGUCGCUAUGGCUCUGUCCAAGUUGCAUCUCGCCGCCGUGGCAUCACUGGCACUUUUCGCCCUCGAGGCACAGGCCCAAGCGUGCAGCCCUUACAACGGCACUGUAUGCGCAAGCGUCCUCGCUCCCAAUGCCACAUACGCUACCCUGGCUCCCGUCCCCGCCGUCGAGGCUGCCCUCAGCCAGAACUUUACCUCACCGUUGGCCACGACGCUCCAGACUCUGAAUCCCACCUGCGCCAAAACCAUCCUUGCCAGCACUUGCCACCAGGCUUUCCUCACCUGCGGCACCACCCAAGUUUACCUGCCAUGCAAGAGCUCCUGCGAUGCUGUCGUGGGCGCCUGCCAGUCCACCUUCAGCUCGGCCGGCAUGCUACAGAUGCUGCCCAACUGCUCGUCAUCCGACUACGGCACCACCAAUUGCAUCAGUCUGCAGGGCAAUCUUUUGGCUGUCGAUGUUCCUGCUACCAGCCCGCCGUCCACACCUUCAGCAGGAACCACCCUUCCGAUCUGUCCUCCGCCGCUGAUCGCUGACCCGAAUCCCUCCAGCAACAACUCCAACUGCAUGAGCGGAUGCUGUCUGCCCUGCCCCAAGGAGCGCUUCUUUUAUCAGCCUGGCCUGAUCGACAAGCUCGAGCUGGGCUUCAAGGUCAUCUUCCUGAUCUCGUUCGUGUGCUUCCUGCUUGUGGCUGUGUCGACCUUUUCCACACGCCGGGGCCGCGCCUUCCCACGCAUCUUCACGGGCUUCUUCUCGGCCUGCGGUGCAGCCAUGAUGCUGGUCACCUUUGGAACCUACCCAUCUUACUCGACGAUGCAAUGUGCAAGCGAUGGUAUCUCCGAUGCCACCCAAGCAAACAACAUCGUGUGUCUGGCAACUGGCAUUGUCUUUGUCUACAUGCUCUGGACCCUGAUUUUCUGGGUCAUGGCCAUCAUCUUUGCUAUGCACAUGAUGAUUGUCUGGGGAGUCGAGGGGCGUGUGCUCGUGCCCUACUCCAAGUACUUCCACAUCGUUGCCUGGAUCGUCCCGGUCGCUAUGACUGUCGCCGUAGUGCUCAAGAACGAGCUCCGUGCCUAUCCCGGCAACAUUUGUCUCCCCGGCAACAGCCUUGCGAUCCCGCUGUUUUAUGGCCCCCAGGUCAUCAUCGCCGGCCUCUGCGUUCUCCUCCAUCUUGGAACGGCCAUCAAGAUUCUAUGGGUCGGCAUCAAGGCCUCCAGGAGUAGCUCCGAAAGCUGGCUCCGCAAGCAGAUCCGUCUGCAGUGGCGCUCGGGCAUGCUGGUCGUCGUUUUUUCCAUCUCGUACAUUGGCUUCAUCCUCACCAACGUCGUCUAUCUGAUGCCGAUGCUGUCGCUGACUGCCCAGGAGCCCUGGAUCCAGAAGUGGGUCCUGUGUCUGAUCCAAAACUCGCCUAACGGCGUCCAGACCUGUCUCCCGCUCGUGGUCGACCACGUCCCGCCCAUCAUUCCUCUGGCAACGUGGCUCGUCGUCACUCUGGCGAUCGGUGUCUGGGUGGCUCUGGUGAUGCUUCCUGGCCAGCCGCUUUUCAAGGACCAGUCCAAGAACAGUGUCUCGGACAUUUCGCAAAAGUGAGCCGACGGAAGGCGAUCUCGCUGAUCGAGCCUUGGCGAUGGCAGCUCGGCACGAACUGACCCUCCUUGACGCACCACGCUGUCUAUAAUGUGUUUUCCUCGCUCCCGAUCCGAUCCGAUCCCAUCCCAUCCGAU